AUGACUUAUGUGCAACAAUUCACCGAAAGGCUGGACGAGUACCUGCGCCGGGAGGACAACCCCGUGACCCGAACGCUGGCCAAAGUGGAAGUGUUGACCGGUGUGUCGCGGCUAUACCUGGCCAACGUCGUAAUGAUCUCGUUCGUGGCCUACAUGAUAUUUGGCCAAUUCGCCCAGCUCAUUUGCAAUGUGAUCGGUUUCGCGUACCCGGCAUACGCCUCCCUCUCUGCCCUUAACGCACCGCCCGAUGACGAGCGCACUAUUGAACACAUUCAGCACUUAUUAAGAUAUUGGGUGGUAUUCGCGUUCAUAUCUGUGGGCGACUUCUUCUCGGGCUAUCUGUUCCGAAUCAUACCAUUCUAUUGGUUGGCAAAGAUGGUGUUCCUGGUCUGGUGUCUGGCGCCGGUGCCCAACAACGGCUCCACUGUCUUGUAUACCCGUUUCAUACAACCCGUGUUCAGACAAGUGGAGCCCACCAUUGAUGGCUGGUUUGCCAAUAUUGUGGAUCAAUUACAUCGACAAACUCAGGAGUUGUCCCAAGAGUUGUCUCAAAAUCAGCCCAAGAAGUCGAAGAAGAAGUGAUUGUUUGUGUAUUUUGUGGUGAAUUUAAUUGUGAAUGAAUUUUGUUGUGUUUUAAAACAGCUAUUAUUUGAUUGAUUUGAUUGUUUGUAUUUAUGUAAUGAAUUUUUUUACCGGUAAUUGUAUUUUAAUCAAAUUUAUGGCAAUUAUUGUGUUUUUUAAUUAAUCUAUGUUUCAUGAAUUAAUUUGGCAUGUAAUUUAAAUCUAAU